AUGCUCAACAAGGUUGGUCUAAGUGUUACGGGCGUCUCGCUGCCCUUGUUGAUCCGGAGCCAGGCGGUACGGCUGCAAAGCUCUGUGGCAUCACCACUUUUGGAAGAGCGUGGUGUGCUUUCACAGGACGUGCCCGAACUUCCGCGUACAAGUUCCCCGAUUCCUAUCCGAUACCCCUACUUUGUCGCCCGUGUUGGCAGCAAUAACACAAAUCUCCCCGUAUACUCUGAAGUGCGACGUGCACGCAGUCGGUGGCUGACAGAGAUCCGCAAAGUGGAUGGUGAUGUCACUGCGUUGUGCCGUGACCUAUUUGAAGAUUUUGGUUGGGGUGAUCCGUACGAUAAACUGAACCCUGAUGCGCAAUUCCUGCAGCGCACUUCGUCGCUUGGGGGCUCGAAGAAGAUUGUUCUGCGUGGUAAUUGGACACGCGACGUCAAGGCGUGGCUCGAAGAGCGUGGAUUCUAA